GCUCGCUCGUUCUGCGAUCUACUGAGAGUGGCUUCCGACAGCCCUGGCCGCUGUCGGGGAGGGAGGGAAGAUGGCGGCCGUGGCGGCUGGCGGCCUGGUGGGGAAGGGGCGCGACAUCAGCCUGGCGGCCCUGCAGCGCCACGACCCCUAUAUCAACCGCAUCGUGGACGUGGCCAGCCAGGUGGCUCUGUACACCUUCGGCCAUCGGGCCAACGAGUGGGAAAAGACUGAUGUAGAAGGAACCUUAUUUGUUUACACAAGGUCUGCUUCUCCAAAGCAUGGAUUCACCAUUAUGAAUAGGUUGAGCAUGGAAAACAGGACAGAACCCAUUACUAAAGACCUGGAUUUCCAGCUCCAAGACCCUUUCCUUCUCUACAGAAAUGCCAGAUUGUCCAUUUAUGGGAUUUGGUUUUAUGAUAAGGAAGAAUGCCAAAGAAUUGCAGAGCUUAUGAAAAACCUAACUCAAUAUGAACAGUUGAAAGCCCAUCAGGGAACUGGAGCAGGAAACUCCCCAAUGAUCCUCAAUUCAGGAGAGGGCAAGGAAGUAGAUAUCUUACGAAUGCUCACCAAGGCCAAAGAUGAAUACACCAAGUGUAAAACCUGUUCUGAGCCAAAACAGAUAACCAGUUCAUCUGCCAUCUAUGACAACCCCAAUCUCAUCAAACCAAUUCCAGUGAAGCCCAGUGAAAACCAGCAACAGCGUGUACCUCGGCCCAACCAGACUUUAGACUCCGAAUGCCAACACUUGUCCUUGACAGCUCUCUUUGGAAAACAGGACAAAUCUCCAUGUCAGGAAGCUGUGGGCUCCCCACAGACCAUCCACCAGCAGCAGCAGCAGCCACUUCCAAUGAGGCAGGGGGUUGUACGCUCCCUCUCAUAUGAGGAACCCAGAAGACACUCACCCCCCAGCGAGAAGCAGCUCUGUCCAGCCAUUCAGAAACUCAUGGUCAGGAGUGCAGACCUCCACCCACUGUCAGAGCUGCCUGAAAACCGGCCCUGCAAAAAUGGCAGUACCCAUUCUGCUGGGGAGGUUUUCCUGGGACCUGUCCAGCCAGGGUCUCCCCAUAGCGUUGGGACUUCUCAACAUGUCCAAAGUACUUCCAGAACUCAGAGCCUGUUGGAGAAGCUUCAGAGUGCCCCCAGGCCAGCGAAUAAGUAUGACCCUAGCACACCAGCACCUGUCAGCUCAACUGCCCCAAGCCUCAGCACCACUGUCCCCACUGCUGCACCUGGCGCUCCAGUAAAGGGGCUGGCGGCUCAGGCACAAGUGGGGUAUUUCAAUGGCUCCCUUCCGCCUCAGACACUCGGACAUCAGACUUAUGGAAAAGAGCAGCCCACACAUCCAAGACCAACGCUCCCCCUGUCCGGUAAUCAGACUAGCAGUUCUGGAGUGAUCUCCCCUCAAGAGUUACUGAAAAAGCUUCAGAUUGUACAGCAGGAGCAGCAGCUGCACGCGUCUAACCGACCAGCCUUGGCCGCAAAGUUUCCUGUGGUAACUCAGAGCUCUAGAACAGGGAAAGCCCUGGAGUCCUGGAUGGACAAGACACCCAGCACAGAAAAGCAGACUCCUCUUUUUCAGGGCCCGUAGUCCUGGAGGUACUUGAAGUCAACAGAAAAAAACGUAUUAGCUCCUCAGAGGUACAGGCUGUUUUUAUUUCUAUCACCAGUGUAACUUAAUGAAGAUGGAGAGAGGGUAAGUAUGCCAUCGAACUCCCCACGCCCGCCCCCACCACACAUGUGGAGGGCCAGUCGGGGAAAUACUGUGACAGUUAGAAACACUCUGUCCUUCAAGGCAGGUGACCCUCUGUAUCAGUAACUUGGAACAGCAAUAAAACCACAGCUACUGGGAUCCCUGGGUGGCGCAGCGGUUUGGCGCCUGCCUUUGGCCCAGGGCGCGAUCCUGGAGACCCGGGAUCGAAUCCCACGUCGGGCUCCCGGUGCAUGGAGCCUGCUUCUCCCUCUGCCUGUGUCUCUGCCUCUCUCUCUCUCUCUGUGACUAUCAUAAAUAAAUAAAAAAAAAUUAAAAAAAAAAAAAACACAGCUACUUCCUUGCCUGUGAGUAACAUCUGAAGAUCUGACUGAUUUUUCCCCCAUUUGGAUUGGUACAAAUUCAUUGAAAAGGCAUUGGGUUUAAAAAUUAGGACAUUCUCUUUGCUUAUUACAGAUGUCAUCAUUGGUCCUUUUGUCAUGUUUUGGCAAGUAGCUUACAACAGUUCCUCAACAAUCCUUCACUUUUUUGAAAACAAAGAUGAUGAGCAUGUAGCAUAAGUCUUUGUAUAUGUGAGAGCCUGAGUGAAAGUGUUCUUACUCAUUAUUGAUUACAGUUCCAAAGAAAGGUUGUUACCCACCCUCAUGCUCACUUCAGUGUGUAUUGUCCCCUCUCUCUUAUACCUUCUUUUUUCUCUUGGUGGGAUGGGACACGAGGGAAACUAGGACACUAGAUGGGACACUGCAAAAGCUGGAGUUAGUAGUUUGACAUCAGCUGCUGCAGACACAGUCCCAUUUCUCUUCAGCACCCACAGGUGUGGAGAGCCGAUCACAACAGUGCGUGUCUGCCAGCACACACAGUGCUGGGACCCCACUGUGGUAGCAUCCAUUCUAGCUCUGCUCAAAAUGGCAGCUAGGGGUAGUUAAAGGAAACAAGCACCCUGCCUUCCUCUAAGCUUCCUUCUGCCCACAAAGAUACUGAGGGAGUGAUUAUAAAAUCACAGCAGCUUCUAGACUCCUGGCCUCUAUGACCCCCUUCUCGUGAAUUCUUUUGGGGCAUUCGAAGGCUGAUAAGUAACAUUCUUCUUUCUCUCCUGCAUUAGAAACAUAUGAGAGCUAGCCGUGGGAGUCAGACCGGGAUCAGAAUGUCACUUGCAUAACUGGGAAAGCUAUUGGAAAACUUAAUUUUAGGUCUUUAGCCACGUGAGGUAGACGUACUCGGAGUGACAGCAAGUCAGUGGCAGUGCCCAAGCACGACCCGUCCUCCUUGCCCCUGAAACUUGAGCUGGAGAAGCCAGUCAUGUGUACUGUCUGCAAGCAGGCCGAUCCUUUCAGGCAGGGACUGAGGAGGGGUGCACCCAAUAAGCAUGCCUCCCUCCCAGGCAGAGAGAGGCUGGGAAUGGUCCUCCACGUGGAGAAAUCAGGAGCAGAGAUGUUGUGGGUGCCCCCAGCCAGUGCGACAACUCACGUUGGUGGCUGGAGCUUGAGGUCAGAGUGGUGGACAACUGGGGAAGAGGCCAGCAGUCCUACAUGCACACUGCCGAGCGAUGGUAGUAAACCAGAAAGAGAGUCACUCAGGGUGAGCUUCAUAUGCCAUGGGAGCCAUAGUCACAAUGGCGAGACCACUUGAGCUGCUUGGAAAGAUUGACAAAAGAGAAUCCGUGGAAAGCCGAGCAGGAAUCGGGCUCCCACAGGCUUUCCCACCCAGUGCAAUGGGAACAAUUCAUACUGAAACCCAUUUACAUCCACUCUUGCAAGUGAGGGGCCUCUCUGUCCCUUUGCCUUUCUUUUCAGUGAGCCACUAUUUAACUGCUGCCCUCUA